AUGGUCACUCGAGGAAAAUCAAGGUUGGCAGGCCUGGGCCUUUCACUGCUGGGCUUGUAUCUGGGCACAUAUUUCGGCGUGGCCUUUGUUUGCGGCAAUGGCCGUACCAAUGCGCCUGCGACACCACGGUCCCAGGUGGCUAUGAAGGUCGGCCCAGUGCCUAUCCAGCUGCCGUUCAUGAGCGAGCCCAUUGAUGGCUGGACCUUCGCGGUAUCCAUGAUGGGUCUCUUCUUGGCAGUCGCUGCUUUUGGCGCCUUCCAGGUUUGGAGGCUAAUGUUCAGUGACGAGCUGGGAAGCUACGAGGAGAUCAAAUGGGGAGGUGCUCGGCCGCCCAAAGAGUAUGUGGAAGAGAUGAAGAGGAUCGAGGAGAGCAGCCCGGCGAGCACUUUGAGCAGAGAGAGAUCUCGAGUGCUUGACUCUCGAAGAUGGCAUAUGCUCUGCAUUUACAUGGCCCUCGGCAUCUUGAAUCAGACCCUGUGGCUUACCUUUGCUGCGAUUCCAGAUGCAACAGCCAGAAGAUACGACAUUCCGGAACAGUACGUCGCGUCGUUAGCGGUGCUUUGCAAUGCCGUGUAUGUACCUGGCUCAUGGAUCUGUACGGCAAUCCUUAGAAGCUCUGGACUUGCCAGAGUUAUCAAAUUCGCCUGCUGGCUACAGCUGCUGGGUAGCCUCAUACGCUUUUUAGCGGACGCAGCCUUUCGGCGCUGGUCGGGUCCCUUCGCCUUCCUGUUUCUCUUCAUCGGCCAAGGUGUUGCAGCACUGGCAUCCCCGCUCAUCAUGAACACACCCGCAGUUUUUGCAAACGCCUGGUUUGGCCGGCGUGAGCGUGAAGGGGUGCUGGCAGUGGGUGCAUUGAGCCCGAUCUUUGGACAAGGGUCAGGUCCUCAGAGGCUUGGAUCCGCCAUUGCUGGCUUCGUUGUCACUGGCUAUGAAGCGGAGGGCACGGAGCAGCUCUUAGCAGGCCAAGCCUCAUUGAGCGCUCUCAUGGCUCUAUGGACCAUUGGGCAGUUCGUCGAUGCUCCGGGGGAGAGCUCGCAGGAAAUCCGCAGCGAGACUUUCAAGGAAGGUUGGAAGUUAAUGCGCCGGCUCAAUUUCUGUUUGAUUCUAAUUAUCUUCAACUGUGGCAUGGCCUUGGCAGCUGCGACGCUGACCUUGUUUGGAAAGAUUGCAAGCAACUGUGGCUACACCUCCACGGAAGCUGGCAUUGCAAGUGGUAUGUUCAUGGUUGGGGGAGUCGUUGGCUCACUCGCGACAGGUUCGCUCCUGGGAGCAACUCGAGCCUACCGCACAAUCCUCCGAUGUUCGAUCAUUUCCGCAGUCAUGUUUGGACUAGUGUUUCUUGUUAUGCUUCGUCCCGGCAACUUGCGUGGGCUCUUGAUCACCACAACCUUCUUCGGCACUUUCAUGAUGAGCGCUUUGCCGGCCUUGUUGUCAAACGCGGUGGAAGAGACGUACCCAACUCCUGCUGACAUCACCACAGCGCUGCUUUUCAAUUCUGCCAUAUUGCUCCAGGUGUUCUUUAUCCCAUUAUCUCAAAGCGUCCUUACCAGUCAGGGAGAUACCUGUGCCUCGUGGGGCUCGGCUUAUAGCGUCUUUGAGAUCUCCGUUGCUGGUGUCGGCUGCUUACUGCCAGCCCUACUCUACCAUGGCAGGAACAACCGACUGCUAGCUGAGCUAGAGGAGGAGCAGAUGCACGAAGGAAGCUGA